AUGUCUGGAAGAGGUCGAGGUCGCGGAACGAAUUCUACCCUUACCCAUGAACAGAUGCAGGCACUAGGUAUCGCGCGUGGCGAUAAUGCACAACAAGUUUUGGCUCCACCACCCUUAUUUCCUAAGUUAGAUACAAAACCUUUGCCUUUAAUUUGCGACGCCGCCACAAGUUAUAUGGUGAUAGUCAAAGAUCAAUUUAUUGAAUAUUUACACGAAUCACCGGCAUACGUUAAAGCUAGUAAGGAAACGGAUGGCAUAGAGAGGUAUUCGGAUAAAUAUAAGCUAUUAGCAUUGGAUGCUAAUAAGGAAAGAAUUUUAGAUUGCAUAUGGACCAAUUUUCCACCAGAAUUGCGACCUCAAGCUGGUCGUGCACGGUCUGCAGCUAGAAAGCGAAAACUAGAUGACCCAAAUGAAAUGGAAAGGCGUUUAAAAGUCCUCGAGAAAAAGGAAACACAAGAACACACAACUGAGGUUACGGACACAGGUGAAACUAGCAAAAAAGAUGACAUUGAUGAAGAUAUUGAAGAUGAGGAGGAACACGAGGAUGAAAUAGAUGAUGGAACGGACUAUGCUAAUAAUUAUUUUGAUAAUGGUGAAGAUUAUGAGGAUGAAGAUGAUAAUCUUGAUGAUGACCCAGUGUAUUAA